CCCUGGGUCAGUCCACAUCAUUCAUUGGAGGAGGAGGCAGCCAGGUUCCUUACCUAUAUCAGCAGUUCUCAGACUGGGGAGUGAAGACAAACAUUUUGAAGUCGAAAUGGCCAAAGCUGGAUGUGAGGUUCACUACUUUGAUCCAAGCCUCAAAGAGGCCCACGUUCAGAAGAGCGACGGUUACUGGCACCAUCGCAUGGCAAUCGACUGGAGAGACCCCAACCCAGCCAUCAUUGCCCAGAAACAACACAGAACUACCAAAAAGUUGGGCACAAUAAUGAAUGAAUUUGGUCACAGGAAGAUUGAUGUUCUCAAGGCAGACUUGGAGAGUGCAGAGUGGAAGAUCCUGGAAAACUUAAUUCUAGAAAAUGUCAUUGAAGAAAUUGGACAAUUGAUUUUUGCAAUACAUUUACACUGGCCUGGAUUCGAGGCCGCCUGGGUGGUCAAGUGGAAUCACAAAGCAGCAAACGCAAAGCCAUUGAGAGUGUUCAGAAAAGAGCUUGCAAAGUCAUUCUCGGCCCUAACUACCAUAGUUAGUCAGAUGGUUUACACAACUGCGGUCUGGAGAUACUCGACAACAAACACAAUCAACUCUGCCGUUCUUUUGUCAGAACACUGCCCAUCUCCAAACUUCAUUAUUUGUAAUCUACAGACAGAUCCCACAGUGAGUACCAGCUGAAUUAGGAUGUAAAGCAACAAGAUUAAAGAAUAACCCAGUGCCAUAUCUCAUCUACACAAUGAACAAACUCUAAUGACUUUGAAUCUUGAGAACUUAAUUUGAUGAUUGGUACAUUACUCUACUCUGUUCUUUCUACUGCUUUUUGCAUUUUGCUUGGAAUGAUUGAUUGUAAAGCUUGUCUCAAUUCCAGCCUUGGUCAGGACAGAAGUUGAUGCUUAAAUAAACAAACCUUUGAAUUGAAA